CUGGUUUUUUCUCUCGUGGCCAAAUAGAACCAUCCACGAACUCUUCACUCUCAGGGGUCAGGCUCAGGCUCAGGCUCAGGCCAUCCUUUUCUCCUUUUUGGCAACCAAACACAAGCCUCAAAACGACAGGAAUCGUCUUCCUUCUUCUUCUUCUUUUUCUUGCAGGAGCUAUCAGGGAGACGAUAAUUUAAUUAUGGUUCGUUUUGGUCUUAGGAAGAAGCUUCGACGUCGGGUUUCGAUCCUCAGGCGAUGUAUUCUUCGUAUAUGGAAUCAGAUUCUCAUGUGUUCUUUAGGUAAGCCAAUCCACUAUCGGAUGUUGCCUCCUCAGCCUUUGCCUAUCUCCUCCUCGUCCGAGACCGCCUCCAGUAGAUUCGCUUCUGGAAUCAUCACUCCGUCUUCUACUCCUCCUCCUUCGACAACGAUGACGGCGCCGACAAUGUGUGAUAACCAUAUUAGUAAUAAUAAUUGUAACAGUCAUAGUAAUAACAAGGAUUCCGAUUUGGUUGCUUUGAAGAUCAGUCUCCUCGGUGAUUGCCAGAUUGGGAAAACCAGUUUCCUGGCUAAGUACGUGGGGAAUGAAACAGAAGAGAGAGGAAUGCUGAAGGAUGGAAUUCAUAUGAUGGAUAAGACAUUAUUGGUUAAAGGUGCUCGGAUUUCUUAUAGUCUCUGGGAAGUUGCAGGCGAUGAAGGAUCUAGCCAACAAAUUCCUCUGGCUUGCAAGGAUUCUGUAGCAAUUUUAAUCAUGUUUGAUCUCACAAGUCGUCUCACGUUGAAUGGUGUUAUAAAAUGGUACCAAGAAGCAAGGAAAUGGAACCAGACUGCAAUUCCAAUAAUAAUAGGAACCAAAUUUGAUGAUUUUAUUCAACUUCCCAUGGAUCUGCAAUGGGCGAUUGCAAGCCAGGCAAGAGCAUACGCGAAAGCUGUGAAUGCAACACUAUUCUUUUCAAGUGCAACCUACAAUAUUAAUGUAAAUAAGAUCUUCAAAUUUGUAACAGCAAAGCUCUUUGACCUGCCAUGGACACCUGAGCGAAAUCUCACUAUUGGAGAGCCUAUAAUUGAUUUCUAAAGAGGGUAGAAAAGUCUUAUUAUUGCUUAGUACAUAGCAAGAAAAUAGCCUCUCUUGAACUCCAACAUCAGCAAAGUAAGAUCACAGAGUCAACCGCUCACUGGGAUUUUUAUUUUCAUGUUAUUCCAGUGAUUUUUGAGGAGUUGUUUCCUUCAGAAUUCUAUUAGAGGCUAAGGGGGGAAGAGUGUCUUUUUUUUUUUUUGGGUUUUUUUUAUCUUCUUGUAUGAAAUAACAUUUGUUGAUGCUCAGCAAUUGUAAAACAAUUUCAAAAUCCUAAAAGAAGCAAAUUUUUUUUAUU